AUGGCUGAAUUCCUUUAUGAUGCCCUGGGGAAGAAUCCAUUUCCUUACCAUUCCCAGACCUCAGAGCCAAUACAAACAGAUGGCUCUCCAUUGCCAAUAGACUGCAGAAUGAGCCCAUGGAGCGAAUGGUCACAGUGUGAUCCUUGUCUCAACCAAAUGUUUCGCUCAAGAAGCAUUGAAGUCUUUGGACAAUUUAAUGGAAAAAGUUGUGUUGACGCUCUGGGAGAUAGACAACAGUGUGUGCCCACUGAGCCUUGCCAGGAGGCCAAGGAUGACUGUGGAAAUGACUUCCAAUGCAGUACAGGCAGGUGCAUAAAGAGACAACUUUUGUGCAAUGGUGACAAUGACUGCGGAGACUUUUCAGAUGAGGACGAUUGUGAGAGUGAUCUCCGUCCACCCUGUCGUGACCGAGUGGUAGAAGAGUCUGAGCUGGCACGAACAGCAGGCUAUGGAAUCAACAUUUUAGGGAUGGAUCCCUUAAGCACACCUUUUGACAAUGAAUUCUACAACGGCCUCUGUGACCGGGUUCGGGAUGGAAACACGUUGACAUACUACCGAAAACCUUGGAAUGUGGCAUUUUUGGCUUAUGAAACCAAGGUCGAUAAAAAUUUCAGAAUUGAAAAUUUUGAAGAACAGAUUGAAAUAUUCAGAAGUAUCAUCCAAGAGAGGAUAUCAAAUUUUAAUGCAAAUUUAGCAAUAAAAGUUACACCUACUGAAGCAAAUAAAAAUGAAGCUGAGAAGUCUCAAGAAACAGUUUCUUCAAAUCCUGGAAAAUUCGAGUAGUCUUGGAUUUCCUAUUUCAAAAAUGAAACUUAUCAACAAUUAUUCUCACAUUCUUCCAAGAAGGAGAAACUGUUUCUGCACGUGAAAGGCAUAGUUCACUUGGGCAGAUUUUUGAUGAGAAGUCGUGAUGUCAUGCUGACAACAACUUUUCUGGAUGAUAUAAAAGCUCUGCCAACCACCUAUGAAAAAGGAGAAUAUUUUGGAUUUUUAGAAACCUAUGGAACCCACUACAGCAGCUCUGGGUCUGUAGGAGGACUCUAUGAACUCAUAUACGUUUUGGACAAAGCGUCCAUGAAUGAGAAAGGUGUUGAAAUAAGUGACAUAAAGAGAUGCCUCGGGUAUAAUCUGGGUAUAUCUCUACAUAUCCCCAGAAUCGCUGAUGUAGCUGAAGUCAAAGGAGAAAUUAAUAAGACUAACUGCCUAAAGACAGGCGACGGUAGAACUGUAAACAUCACCCGUGAUAGCUUCAUAGAUGAUGUUAUUUCACUCAUUAGAGGAGGAACCAGAAAAUAUGCAUUUGAACUAAAACAAAAGCUUCUCAAAGAAUCCAAGGCAAUUGACGUGACUGACUUUGUAAAUUGGGCCUCUUCUUUAGGCGAUGCUCCAGUGCUCAUUGGACAAAAGUUAUCUCCUAUAUAUAAUCUGGUUCCUGUGAAAAUAAAAGAUGCACACCUGAAGAAACAAAAUUUGGAAAGAGCCAUUGGAGAGUACGUUGAUGAAUUCAGCAUUAAAAAAUGCUACCCAUGCCAAAAUGGAGGCACAGUGAUUCUGCUGGAUGGAAAGUGCUUAUGUUCUUGCCCAUUCGCAUUUCAGGGUCUUGCCUGUGAAAUCAGAAAGCACAAACUGCAUCAAGGAUUGCCAAUCUCUCUCCCCUAUAAAAAUAAGCGGAGCUAUGGGUUUUCUUGGGCUCACACAGAAAGAAAAUAA